AUGAGUGAAAACAACAUACAAAAUGGUCUACCUGAUGACCAGCCUCAAGAAAAAACAGCCAAACAAUUGGAAAAGGAAGCAAAAAAAGCUGCAAAAUUAGAAAAGCUGAAAGCAAAAUUGGAUAAAAAGAGUGUUGCACCAGCUGUGCCAAAAGAUAAGCCAGAGAAAAAAGCAAAGGAGACCAAAGAAAGUGCUGUAUACACUGCAAAUACUGCAGCUGGAGAAAGGAAAGACAUAAGUGGACCUAUGCCAGAUGCCUACAGUCCAAAAUAUGUUGAAGCUGCGUGGUAUGCUUGGUGGGACAAGCAAGGAUUUUUCAAGCCAGAAUACGGGAAAAAGUCUGUGUUGGACUCUAACCCAAAAGGUCAGUUUGUGAUGGUGAUACCUCCACCCAAUGUAACUGGCUCGUUACAUCUUGGCCAUGCUUUAACUAAUGCUGUGGAAGAUGCUAUUACGAGGUGGCACAGAAUGAAUGGUCGCACAACACUAUGGAAUCCAGGGUGCGAUCAUGCUGGCAUUGCUACCCAAGUGGUUGUGGAGAAGAAACUGUGGCGAGAAGAGAAAAAGACAAGACAUGAGUUAGGUAGAGAAGAGUUUAUCAAACGUGUUUGGAAUUGGAAGGAAGAGAAAGGUGGUCGAAUUUAUGAACAACUUAGGUCACUGGGGUCCUCACUAGACUGGUCACGGGAACGGUUCACAAUGGACUCCACAAUGUGUAGAGCCGUGAAUGAAGCGUUCAUAAGAUUACAUGAUGCUGGGGACAUCUACAGAGCGAAUAGACUCGUCAAUUGGUCAUGCACACUAAAAAGUGCAAUCUCCGAUAUCGAAGUGGAUAAAGUGGAGUUGACUGGACGAACUCUGCUGGCUAUACCAGGGUAUGAAAAUAAGGUAGAGUUUGGCGUCAUCGUAUACUUUGCGUAUAAGAUGGAGGAUUCUGAUGAUGAAGUGGUGGUGGCCACCACUCGUGUGGAAACGAUGCUUGGGGAUGUCGCUGUGGCUGUAAACCCUAAUGAUGAUAGGUAUAAAAAGUUUAUAGGAAAACGCUUAGUCCAUCCAAUUGUGAAUAGAAAAUUACCUGUGAUAGCUGAUGAUUAUGUUGACAUGACUUUUGGAACUGGUGCUGUGAAAAUAACUCCGGCCCAUGAUCAGAAUGACUACGAAAUUGGUAAACGUCACAAUUUGCCUUUCAUUAACAUAUUUGAUGAUGAGGGCAGGAUGUUGGACAAUUGUGGACCGUUCGCUUAUCACCAGAUUUGCCGCAAAACUGAUAGGUCGCGAAUUCACCGGGAUGCUAUGGCGACGUCGCGCAGGAGCGUUCAACGGUAUUACGUAACAAUUUGGGGUGGGGGUCCUUUUGUAAAACGUGGCGAUGCGGGGCGACGAUCGCCAAUUACGAACGUAUAUGGGUACAUACGUUGUAAUAAUAUGGCGGCUGAAGCAAUAAAAGCAGUGAAAACUGGUGAACUUAAGAUUAUUCCUGAUGCUCACGAGAAGACCUGGUACCACUGGAUGGAGAAUAUCCGAGACUGGUGCAUAUCAAGACAACUGUGGUGGGGACAUCAGAUACCCGCGUAUAAAGUCAGAUUGCCAGAAAUGAAUUCUACUGAGGACGAAGUUGAGUCUGUAUUUGCAUGCGUUUCAGAAAGAAAUGCAUGCAAAGGACCAAGAGAAGUUGAGGAAAAUGGUAAAGACCAUGAAGAGAAGGAUACGGUGCGCAGCACCUGUACGAAGGGCAAUGGUGAUUCAGGCGUAUCUGAAAGAAAAAGAGAAAUACGAGAUCAUGGUCAAAAAGGCAAAGAAAUCAAUAGUUCAGUUUUUAAACAUUUACUGCCAGUUCUCAUAUUUGGGGCGUUGAACGGAACAGAAGAACUGGUGAUAAAGUCGCUAUCACUCCAGGGUACCGAAGAGCGAGUGUACGUAAAACCGCAUCGGCGACGCACUCGCUCGGGCCGAAAGAAAGCGCCGAAACGUUCGCGACUUGUACGAACACAGAUAAAUAAUGAAGAAUUAUGGGUAUCGGCACAUUCAGAAGACGAUGCUCGAAGAAAAGCAGCUACCAAGUUCAAUGUGGCCCCUGAAGAUGUCACUUUGAAACGAGAUGACGAUGUCUUGGACACUUGGUUCUCAUCAGGGCUGUUCCCAUUCGCGAUUUUCGGCUGGCCGGAUGAAACGGAUGAUUUGAAGGCAUUCUAUCCUACAACAUUAUUGGAGACUGGGCAUGAUAUUCUGUUCUUCUGGGUGGCACGGAUGGUCUUCUUCGGGCAACGGUUAAUGGGGAAACUACCUUUCAAAGAAGUAUACCUUCACCCAAUGGUCCGAGACGCUCAUGGUCGUAAGAUGUCAAAAUCUCUGGGCAACGUCAUUGAUCCAGUGGAUGUUGUAACGGGCAUCACAUUGGAAGAGUUGCACGCUCAACUUGCGGAAUCGAACCUGGAUCCACGCGAGAUUGAGAAAGCGAAGCAGGGCCAGAAGCAGGAUUACCCUAAUGGGAUACCUGAGUGUGGCACUGAUGCUCUUCGAUUUGCUCUCUGUGCGAUGACACAAGGCCGUGACCUAAACUUGGACAUUCUCCGAGUGCAAGGAUAUAGAUUCUUCUGCAAUAAGUUAUGGAACGCAACGAAAUUCGCUUUCAUGUACUUCCCUAAGGACACGGUCUAUAAGGUACACGAAUCUGGUCCUCUACCGUCGACUCUGUCAAUGGUAGAUAAGUGGAUGAUGUCACGAUUGUCCAACGCAGUGAAUAAAACGAACGAAGGGUUCCAGAACUACGAUUUCCCAGCAGCCACCACCGCCUGCUAUAACCUAUGGCUCUAUGACCUCUGCGAUGUGUACUUGGAAUAUUUGAAACCCGUAUUUGCUCAAGGCUCUGAAUCCGAGCAAGAAGCGGCAAGACGUACUUUGUACACUGUCUUAGAGUACGGCCUGAAGCUUCUAAGUCCGUUUAUGCCCUUCGUGACUGAGGAGCUGUACCAGCGUCUUCCAAGAGCUGAUGCUUCUUGUCCGUCCAUCUGUGUGGCUGCUUAUCCUAUAGCUUCAGACACGCCGUGGCAAUCCAAAAACUUAGAAUCAGAUGUAGAAAAUGUGAUGAAAAUUGUUCACGCUAUAAGAUCGACUCGCUCCGAAUACAACAUCCCUAACAAGACGAAAACAGAUGUUUAUUUAAUUCUCAGUGAGGAAUUGAAGGUUCUUAAAGAUGUGUUUGAGAAGAUGCAAUGCCUUGCCAACAGUAGGUUUGUGGAUGAAGCGCCUCCAGCGGGAUGCUCUAUUUUGCCAAUAUCGGAUAAGAUUGAGGUGCAUCUGUAUUUGAAGGGUCUGGUCGACGCGGAAAAGGAGAUUGUCAAACUUGAAAAGAAGAAAGAAGCUCUGGAACAAUCAUUGAAAAAACUCAAGCAAUCCAUGGCUGUAGAUGACUACGAAACAAAAGUACCAUUAGAUGUUCAAAAGACAAACUCAGAAAAAUUAACCACUACCGAAGGAGAAAUGUUGAGACUGGAAACUGCUAUACAAACACUUAAAGUGUUUUAA